CCUUCGUCAUCCCCAUCCUGGAGAUCCUCCUGCGGAGGGAGGAGCCGCUGAGGAGGAGUCAGGUUGGAGCCAUAAUCAUCACACCCACGCGAGAGCUGGCUGUUCAGAUAGAUGAGGUCCUGUCGCAUUUCACGAAGUCCUUCCCGCAGUUCAGCCAGAUUCUCUGGAUCGGAGGCAGGAAUCCCGGAGAAGAUGUCUCGAGGUUUAAGGAACACGGAGGGAACAUCAUUGUGGCGACUCCAGGCCGCUUGGAGGACAUGUUCCGGAGGAAGGCCGAGGGCUUGGACCUGGCCAGCUGCGUGAGGUCCCUGGAUGUCCUGGUGUUGGAUGAGGCAGACAGGCUUCUGGACAUGGGGUUCGAGGCCAGCAUAAACAGCAUCCUGGGGUUUUUGCCCAAGCAGAGGAGAACGGGCCUGUUCUCGGCCACCCAGACGCAGGAGGUGGAGAACCUGGUGCGAGCAGGCCUGCGGAACCCCGUGCGCAUCUCUGUGAAGGAGAAGGGCGUGGCGGCCAGCAGCACCCAGAAGACCCCCUCGCGCCUGGAGAACCACUACAUGGUGUGUAAGGCAGAUGAGAAGUUUAAUCAGCUGGUCCAUUUCCUUCGCAAUCAUAAGCAGGAAAAGCACCUGGUCUUCUUCAGCACCUGUGCCUGCGUGGAAUACUACGGCAAGGCCCUGGAGGCGCUGGUGAAGGGCGUGGAGAUCAUGUGCCUUCAUGGGAAGAUGAAGUUCAAGCGCAACAAGAUCUUCAUGGGCUUCCGCAAGCUGCAGAGCGGGGUCUUGGUGUGCACCGACGUGAUGGCCCGCGGCAUAGACAUCCCCGAGGUGAACUGGGUGUUGCAGUACGACCCCCCCAGCAACGCCAGUGCCUUCGUGCAUCGCUGUGGCCGCACCGCACGCAUCGGCCACGGCGGCAGCGCGCUGGUGUUCCUCCUCCCCAUGGAAGAGUCCUACGUCAACUUCCUCGCAAUCAACCAAAAGUGCCCCCUGCAGGAGAUGCAGCCACAGAAGCACACGGCGGACCUCCUCCCGAAGCUGCGGGCCAUGGCCCUGGCCGACAGGGCCGUGUUUGAGAAGGGCAUGCGGGCCUUCGUGUCCUUCGUCCAGGCCUACGCCAAGCACGAGUGCAGCCUCAUCUUCAGACUCAAGGAUCUGGACUUUGCUGCCCUGGCGCGAGGCUUCGCCCUGCUCAGGAUGCCCAAGAUGCCGGAGCUGAGGGGAAAGCAGUUUCCAGACUUCGUGCCCGUGGACGUCAACACGGACACCAUUCCAUUCAGAGAUAAGAUCAGGGAAAAGCAGCGGCAGAAGCUGCUGGAGCAGCAGAGGAAGGAGAAGACGGAAAGCGAAGGGAGGAGAAGAUUCGUGAAAAAUAAAGCUUGGUCGAAGCAGAAGGCCAAAAGGGAGAAGAAGAAAAUGAAUAAGAAAAGGAAAAGGGAGGAGGGCUCUGACCUGGAGGACGAGGACAUGGAGGAACUUCUGAAUGACACGCGGCUGCUGAAGAAGUUUAAGAAAGGCAAGAUCACCGAAGAGGAGCUGGAGAAGGGCUUGCUGACGAGUGCCAAAGGGCCCAUCAGGACAGUGGGUCUGGGGACCUCGGAUGUGGAGGGGGACGGCUGAUUCCGGGGCCUCAGGUGAGCGGGGAGUGCACGUCCUUUCUGGCGAUCAGACCCGGCAGGCGGGCCGACUUGCAGGCUGGGGAGGAGGUGGGAGGGGCUCUCACGUCCUGAACGUUUUACAGACAUACCAGCCUGAGGUCCAACAGGAGGAGGAAGUUACUUGGUGUAAAUAAUAGAUGUCUAUUUAUUUGACGGGUCGCCUAUAAUUAAAGAGCUCAUUUUUUCUGGGCUUAUUUUAUACUUACUUUUAAUGCACUGAUGCUGGCAUAGACUUGGUUUCAGGCUUUUUAAAGUUCCCUAGUGCUUUCAGGCUCCCAAGCUCCCUGGGUGCCCCGCCCCUGCACUGUGUUCCCUCUGGUUCAGUACACGGAACACAGGCGCGGGGGCCACGUGUUCCCUCUGGUGCAGCGCACAGGGCACAGCACAGAGCGGCCAGUGGCCCAGGGUUUUCUUUCUGUCCUAAGAACGGUCCCCAGGACUGUCGUUGGGGAGUAUCUGAGAAAUCGAGGCAGCUAGUCAUGUUUUGGGAGAGAUGCCGCCUUCUGUUGAAUAAACUGUUUCCUUCUAAUCGA